GUUGACUACACUAUAGGCAGAGAACAGAGUUGAGUCUCCGUCUUCCCCUGAAUCUGAUUGAAACUCUUUGGUUUCAGAAGCAAUGGGUGUUGAUUGUGGGAGUAAUGGCUAUCCUUGGUGGGCAUGCCUGUGCUGUAGCUUUUUCUCACUGUUUCCUUCAAGCGAAAGAAGUGCAGAAUCUGCGGCUACCAGUUCAGAUGAUGCCAUCUCUCGGGACUCUGAUGUCCUAGCCGAACAUUUAUCCGCAUCCUCAGCGGAAUUCGAACUGGGCUAUGAGUAUGAAGUUUUCCUGAGCUUCAGGGGACCGGAUACUCGCAAAGGCUUCACUGAUUUCCUCUACAACGCCCUGUAGAUGCUGGGAUACGCACCUUUCUGGACGACGAGGCGCUCCGUAAAGGAGAGCAAAUCAGGCCUAACCUCCUGGAGGCGAUCAAGCAAUCAAAGGUCUCUGUACCCAUCUUCUCCACGGGCUAUGCUUCCAGUAAAUGGUGCCUCAAGGAACUGGCCCAGAUGGUGGAAUGUAGGAACUCGACAGGGUAGAUGAUAUUGCCCAUUUUUUAUGAUGUCACGCCCAAUGAGGUUCGGCAUCAAACAGGACGACAUUAUAAGAGAGCAUUUUCACAGCACGUGAAGGGAUACAGCUCGAACAUCGUUCAGCAAUGGAGGGAUGCUCUAGCUGAGGUCAGAGCACUAAAGGGAUGGGAUCUGAAGAAUGUGGCAAAUGGACACCAAGGCCAGUUAAUAAAGCUAGUAGUUACAGAGAUUUUGAGGGAAUUAAAGAAAGCUCAUCUUCUUGUGACCGACAACUUAGUUGGGAUUGAGGAUCGCUUGGAGGCAGUCAUCCGAUUGGUUGAUGUUGGCGCGAGAGAUGUAAGGAUGAUUGGGAUAUGGGGUAUCGGAGGCAUCGGUAAGACGACGUAUGUGAGAUUGAUUAUGACUCUUGCCAAGGUCAUCUACAAUCAGAUUUUGCAUCAAUUUGACGGUCGUAACUUCCUCAAUGACAUUCGUGAAUCGGUAAAACAGAAUGGUCUUAAGUACCUGCAAAGUCUGCUAGUUGCUGAUAUCUUAAGGCGUGAACGUCAGGAUUUCACUAGUGUGGAUGAAGGAACUGAGGAGCUUAAGCGCAGGUUCCGUGACAAGAGAGUCUUCAUUGUUCUCGAUGAUGUUGAUCAUGCCAGUCAGCUCACUGCACUGGCAGCAAAGCUUGACUGGUUGGGUCCAGGAAGCAGAAUUAUCAUUACAACUAGAAACAGGGUUGUCUUGCAAGUACCUCAAGUGAAGUGGACAUAUGAAGUUGUAGAGAUGAAUGAAGAUCACGCUCUCCAGCUCUUCUGCAAGCAUGCGUUCCGUCAAGGCUCUCCCAUGGCAAAAUUGAGUGCUCUGGCUAAGGGUAUUGUGGAGACAACUGGAGGGCUUCCUUUAGCCCUUGAGGUUAUAGGCUCUUUUCUAUCCGGCAAAAGCGAGACGAUAUGGGAGUCAACUCUAGAGAAGUUGAGAGCAAUCCCAUAUGCAGAAGUCCAAGAUAAGUUGCGGAUCAGUUAUGAGGCAUUGGAUCAUCAGCGUAAGCAGAUAUUUUUGGAUAUUGCUUGCCUCUUCACAGGAGAAGAUAAAAAUAUUCCCUCAUAUAUGUGGAAAGAUUGCAAUUUCUUCCCGGAAGGUGGAAUUGACAUCCUCCUUCUAAUGUCUCUGAUUAAGAUUGUACCAGAUAACAAGCUGUGGAUGCAUGAUCAACUCAAAGACCUCGGUCAGGAAAUUGUCCGGAAAGAAAAUUAUGGACAACCGGGAAAACGCAGUAGGUUGUGGUACUAUGAAGAAGCAAGGGAUGAAUUGGACAAUUCUGAGGGUACGGAGAAUGUUUUAGCCAUCCAUCUUGAUUUUAGAGUUGGGUCCGAAGACUCGUGUUUCACCGAAGAGCAGUUUAGAAAGCUAUCAAAGUUGAGUUUCCUCCGUUUACAUUGUACUGCUCUGGAAGGAGAUUUUGAUGGCUGCUUAUCGAACUUGAGAUGGUUGAGUUUGCAUUAGUUCUAUAUUGAUGAACCAGAUGCCUAUGCCAGCCAAUUUAAAUCUAAAGAACAUCGUUGUCCUGGAAUUGACAUCAUGCGAUGUUGGAGAUGGUUGGGACUCAAUCCAGAUGGCUGUGAAGCUGAAAGUCCUUUCCCUUCAACACUGCCAUUAUAUUACCAGAAUUCCUGAUUGUUCCCCAUGGGCUUCCACCGCCUUCCAUUCAUUUCAUCUGUUUCAUCGAAGAAGAAACAGAGGUUGAGAGAGAGAGAGUUCGAAUCGAAUGUGAAAACGGAAGGCGAAAAGAAACAGAGAGUCUGAUUUCAGUGCUCUGAUUUUUCUUUGUUCUUUCUGGCGAUUGUUCGGAGAAGAAGCGUCUGAAAAGUCGUCGUGAGGGAGUGAGAAGUGGGAACCCCGUUGGGCCAAUGGAAGAUCGACACGUGUCCGAGGUGCUGUGCAAAACUAUAUAAUGUAUUAUUUUUCACGUCCUGCCUGGGCCUGCACAGCAUCGUCCGGCUGCUCUUUUUGUCAUCGCCAUGCCUUUAUUCUAUCCUGGGCCGAACUCGUGACAGAUCAUUGGGGCCGAAAGACGGACCACGGGCUUUAACUUGGCCCAGUUGAUUCGUCCAGUUUGUCCACAUGAGCCCAAGCCCACGUCAGUGUAAUGCGACAUCGGUAGCAUGGGCCUAGUAGGAUUACCUCGGGACAACUAGACCCAACACUAUGAUGUCAUCGCAGCCAUCUCCUUCUAUAUAAGCUUACUAGUGAAACUAACCUGUGCAUUGCGAGCGAAUUAAGUGAUCUACUAAAGUUUAACAUAUGGGUCUUCGGUAUAGUAUGGGGUUUAAUAUGCAGAUGCCAUAAGGUAAUUUUUGAUUUGAUGAUGGACAUAAUUAUAAAUUAUAAUAAUCUCAAGCACUUAGAUGCAAUUGAGAGGUUAUGAAUUUAAGGCGUCAGUACUUAGAAAAGAGAAACAACCCGCGUCUUGACGUAUAUACUUGAAAGAUCGCAUUACUUGUCUCUUGCUUACGUCCAGUUUCCGUAAUUAAUCAAGGUGCGCUUCUGAUUAAUUAAUUGAUUCGACGUUAUUGACAUGUGAGAUCUUGGUAUUUCAGUUAAUUCAAUUUUCUAACGCCUAUAACUUUCCUUUUCUUUUUCUAAUUUUAUCUAUCUAAGAAGACGCGUUUUAGCUGGAUUGAGAUAUCACAUAAACCUAUUUUGUUACAUAUUUAUUGAUAAUUGUUAUGAGUAGACAUUUAUGGAACAAAACAUUAAGUUCUUAUUCACGAUAAACCACCAUCAGAGCCUUCUAAGUUUAGCUUCAGCUCUGUUCUGAGACAGAGAACAGAACGGCGUUAUAGACAAGGAGAGCGACGGAGACGACUGAGCUGAACUAAAUUCGAAGGAGAAGAAGAAGAUUGAGCUUAGGUUCUCGAUCGUGAGGAAUGUCCGGUUAUCUGACUCAUGAAGGAUUACUUAUUCGGAGACCCUUCCAGUUGUGUUAUCAGAGAAACAAGAAAGGAAGAUAAGCUCCUUAAUUGGCUUGCUGACUACUUGCACUGUUGGUUGGAAUGGAAGGAAAGAAGCAGCUGGCAAUGUGGGAAGAGAUCGAUUCAGGAUUUUCUUAAUUUUGAGAAGUGGAAUGUGAUUUUCAUAGACUCAAAUUGUUGCAGAUACGUCUAUCUGAUAGUUGGGUACAGCAUUACAAAGCAAUUGAAAUGUUUAUUUACUUUCUAAUUCACUCAUUUGAAUGAAUAUCUGUUUCGGAUUCUUGAUUUUU